GCAGUUCUGCGUCACGACACGCAUACAGAGUCCUGAAAUAACUUUACCUGCCGAGUUGCGUGACUUUUUUCAUCACCCAAAGGGCGUAAGUUGGGUUUUAUCAAAGCACCAGAUCUAAAUGGCUAGUCCAGGUUCGGAUGCAGGACGGCAUCUUUCUCUGCAGCCUCUUCAUCAUCAUUAUCAUCACACCGAACCGGCGCCCGAACCUGCUGUCCGCGAGGCGCAGAGAUGGAUAGAGGCAGUGACCGGCAGGAGUUUUGGUGACAAAGACUUCAGAGGUGGACUCGACAACGGCAUUCUACUGUGCGAACUGCUGAGCUCAAUCAAACCAGGUCUUGUGAAGAAGAUUAACAGGCUGCCCACUGCUGUAGCUGCACUGGAUAAUGUGUCACUCUUCCGGAAGGGUUGUGAGGAGUUGGGUUUGAAGGGCUCUCAGCUGUUUGAUCCUGGGGAUUUGCAAGACACCGCCACAUGCACCAACAAAGGUCCAGAUAGUAACAAGAAGAUAAAAAAUGUUUUAAUCACAAUCUACUGGCUGGGCCGAGCGGCCAACAGCAGCGCCACAUACAACGGGCCCACCCUGGACCUGCACGAGUUUGAAGGGCUGCUGUCACAGAUGAGAAAGGAGGCAGAGGAGUGGGACAGCCCGAAGCGUAGCAUCAGGGACAGUGGUUAUAUAGAUUCCUGGGAGUCCGAGCGCAGUGACUCUUUCUCUCCGCCAAGACACGCUCGAGACGACUCGUUCGACAGCCUGGACUCCAUCGGCUCCCGUUCCCGCCAUACCCCCUCACCCGACGGCCUGCUCGCCCGUGGCUACAGUGAUGGCCACGGCAGCGACUCGGAGAGCGACGCCCCCCAGAGGAAGAUGCCGGAUGUGCGUAAGGAUGACAUGCUGGUGCGGCGAACCUCCUGCAAUGAGCCACGGACUGCCGUUCCAUUCAACCAGUACUUGCCCAACAAGAGCAACCAGAGUUCAUUUAUACCAAUGCCAGCGCGACACCUGCGUGCCGACAGAGAGGACAACCGCAAGAGCUGGAGUAAUGCAACCUCACCUGUUGGAGGAGAGAGACCCUUCAGUGGGAUUGACUCCCUUUCAUCAGAAGAGUCCUGUAAAAAGUGUGUGGUAACAGGAAAUGAUGUUCACUAUAUAGACUUGGAACCAGUAGAUACUGAUACUCACCCUAAAAAGACUAUAGUGCUUCCUCAAAAUGAGCUUCCCUCCAGUGACCCUGAAUCAAAUAAUCCACAACUCAGUGACCCUCAGACUAGAUCCCCCUCUCUUUCCAAAAACCACCUCCACCCUUCUGUACCACCCCACCCUCAAGAGCAGAGCCACUCAGACUGUAAGAAGAUGGAGAAGGAGGAAAUGGAGAGAGAUGGACAGGUCACGGUUAACCAAACCUCUCAAAACAUCAGUGAUUCCCUUCAGAGCGACGUUGAGAUGUUCCAUAAUCAGACUGCUGGAAAUGAUGCCAGAUUCAGCCGCUCAUCUAGUGUGUUUGAUGAUCCUGAGAGUGUGAGUAUGUUUGACAUGAGGAGUGAUGAAGACUCCAUGUUGCCACCACACUGUCAAGUUCGACAUGAGCUGAUGCACAAUCAGUACAACAGGAUGAAAGAGGAAGAAGACCAUUGGCAGGAUGAUCUGGCCAGGUGGAAGAGUCGCAGGAGGAGUGUGUCUCAGGACCUGAUCAAGAAAGAGGAGGAGAGGAAGAUGGUGGAGAGAUUAUUGAGUGGAGAUGAAGGAUCACAGAGAAGGAAGAGCAUCAAGACAUACAGAGAGAUAGUAGAGGAGAAGGAGCGUCGCGAGCGAGAGCUGCAUGAAGCAUAUCAGAACGCCCGAACGCCAGAGGAAGCUGCAGCUGUGCUACAGCGCUAUGCCCAACGCUUCACCAUCAGCGAGGCCGUUCUAGAGCGCAUCAAACUCCCCAAGCUGUUGGAGAGGAGUGUGUCGGCCAACCCCACCUGUCUCGACUCCCUCCCCACCUCCUUAGACAUCUCUGCUUUCAGCUCCACAUCGAACCCGCUGCAGUACCUGCGGCAGCAGUCACUCCCCGUUCCCAAGUUCACAUCCAUGGUUGAGGCUCGGGUGACGGGAUACAAUUUAGAGCAGGGAAUCAUGAGGGAUACAGAGGGCAUUUCAGGUCCAGUUCGUUCACACGUGACAGCACCCUCACUGGGUCCAAAACAGAAUAGACAAAGCAGAAGUGGCAACACUGGUAAAAGGACAGCAAAGGUGGAUGAAAUGACACAAGUGAAUGGAGAGAGGAAGGAUGACAUCUGUGGCAUUGAGGAGGAGGAACAACCACAGAGAGACAGAGAGGAGGAGGAACAUUAUCUGCAGUUCUUUCCUUCUCCCUCCCAGCACACAGAGAUCAUACAGACUGAUGUGUCAGGAGUUCAGCCCAUGGACACUCUCUCGUCCACACACACACCCAAGCCAGAUCGCUGGGAGGAAGAUAGAGAGAUGACAGAGAUGGACAAAAGAGGGACAAUCCCGCUGGUCGGGGACGCCCCUAUGUCCCCCAAAGUGUUGGAGCCCAAAACAGAUGAGACUGUAGCAGAUCAAGGGCAGUUCUCUGAAGAUCAAACAUGUAUGAUCACAGAUCCAACUGAAGUGAACCAGAGUGAGUCUGUACAGGAUGUGAUUCAGUCUGGCACCUCUGAUACACAGGUCAAUACACAAGCAAAUGAGUCCAUGCAGAAAUCAUCAAAUCAUUCAGCAGCAUCCAUCAUAUCAUCAUUUAGAACCACACCAGUGGGUGGCGCUCCAAUAACAGAUAUGGCUGAGAAAGAUGGAAAUGUCCCUCCCACAGUGCUGAAUCUGGUGAAUCGAGGUGAGCACUUUUCUUGGAGCCACGAGGAAGAGUGCAAACGUCAGGAGAGGUGGCAGCGAGAGCAGGAACGCAUGCUUCAGGAUAAAUAUCAGCGUGAACAGGAGAAGUUAAAGCAUGAAUGGGAACAGGCUCAGAAGGAGGUGGAAGAGGAGGAGAGGAGGUACCACGAGGAGGAGGGAACGAUUCUGAAAGAGACUGUGACCUCUCUGACCCCUCAUUCACCAAUCGCACCUUCAGCCCUUCCCAAUACCCACAGCACUUUACACACCCAGUGGGAACCCGCAGAGAAACAGAUGAUGUCUGAGAACUUCAGACAAAGGCAAAACGGCAUCAGAGAAGCAGCCCAGAACAAUACGGAGUGUUUACAGAUGACAGCAAGUUCUCCGCUUCAAAGUUGUGGGUCAAUGGGUCAGUCAUAUGGCCAGAGAGGACCAGACGUGAGUCAAGAAAAACAGCCAACACUACAGCGUAGUCAGGGUGAGUCUGAUGUGCCAAAGGGCAAUCGACAGCAGCAACAACAGAAUGAAACCUUGAAAAAGAAUACUUCACAAACAAAACCUGGUGGACGCAGGAGGUCUGACUCUUUAGAGAACAUUGGGCCAAAUUCAACCACAUCAACUUCGUUCACAGACACGCAACCACCUCCAUCACCAAACAGGUCUGUGAGUGGAAAGAAGCUGUGUUCAAGUUGUGGUCACCCACUUGGCAAAGGUGCCGCUAUGAUUAUUGAGACGCUCAGUCUGUACUUCCACAUCCAGUGCUUUAAGUGUGGAAUCUGUAAGGGCCAGUUGGGUGACACCAGUACAGGAACAGAUGUGCGUAUCAGAAACGGUCUACUCAACUGCAAUCAGUGCUAUAUCCGCUCCCGCUCCGCUGGUCAGCCAACUACCUUGUGAGCUCUUUGAUUUGGAAGCAUAAGAAAUCUACCAGUAAUACUCACACCUUCAUUACUCACAGUGUUCACUUACGUGAACACAAGCACAUUUAAAAUCAAACCACUGCACUGUCUUCAAGCUGGGUUUUCCCGGUUUUUCUUUAUCCAAAUCUAAACGUGAGGAUGCCACUAAAAGCAUGUGACUGUAGUGAAAAUCAUGUUUUACAUUUUCAAGUUUCUGACUGAACUGACAUUGUUACUGACUAGUAAGCCCAUUCAUCAGACAAAAAAGAGUUUUUAAAGCAUACUGUAUGCAGACAAAUAGAAUAUUUGAAAGAAAUUAAAUUUUUGGAUGAACUCCAGUUCCCUUUGAAUUUUUGUCUAAAUCCUGAUCCUGAAAUUGUAUAAUUGUCUUAAUUUGCUCCCCAAACACAGCUAAGCUACAUAAUCUUCCUGGCAUUCAGAGCAGAUUUUUAGAUGGCAUAUGAUCAGUGUUUUUACAUUGUUUUUGGAGUGGAUUAAAGGGUUCCUUCUAGGAAUAUACCGGGUUCGAUAGAUAGAUAAAUAGAUAAUCGAAAGAAUUUGUGGCAUAAUGUUGAUUACAAAAAAAAAAUAAUUAAAAAAAAAAUAACAAUAAUAAUUUCGACUCAUCCAUAUUUAAAAUUAAAUAAAUAACAAGUUGAGGUUAUAGUGAGCACUUUUAAUGGAAGUGAAUGGGUAAAUUUUUUGGAGGGUUUGAAAGCAGAAAUGUGAAGUUUAUAAUUUUAUAAAAGCACUUACAUUAAUUCUUCUGUUAAAACUUGUGUGUUAUUUGAGCUGUAAAGUUUUUACCAUCAUUUUAGGGUUCACGGUGUUAUGUCGUCAUGGCAGUGAAGUUGUAAAAUUGGAAAUAACUUUACACUUAAAAUCGUAAAAUCAUGUUAACACACAGAUUGUUUAUGUAUGUGGCUAUUCUUUUAAAACAGUGGGUAUUGUAACUUUUAUGGCCCCAUUCACGUCCAUUAUAAGUGCCUCACUGUAACUGUGAUUUUUGCCUUUUUUUAAAGAAAAGGAGGGACAAGUCUAAAUUAAUUCUUGUUGCAAUCAACAUUAUGAAACAAAUUCUGACAAUUGAGCUUAACUUGUUUAGAACCCAGAAUAUUCCUUGAAUACAAAAUGUCCAAAAUACCAAGCUGUAACUGACUGAAAUCUUACUUAUCUUGUCUUAAUUCUGAAAGCUUAACAUGUUAGCAUCCAUAGUGCCUCAAUUAUCUGAAGGUUAAUUGUGAGAACACAGUCACUAUAAGACCUAUGAUCUUUGUAUUGAAGCAAAGUACAUAUUUUUGUAUAUAAAAAGUCACAUUUGGCUGAAACUAAUGCAUGAAAACAAAUUGCUGGUUCAAAAUUCAGUCAUAUCGAAACUGCUGCUUCUUUCACAUAAAUCGGCAAGUCAUUCAAAGUUAUUUUACUCUAAACAGAUGGGUUGGAAUGUUGUUGCACUGAAACAAUGUGCCUUAGGAGAGACACAAUGCCUGUAUGAGAAACUUAAAGAGAUGUGUUCAGAUCCAAAGACUGUUUCUACGCUUAAUUGAAAGAAUGGAAUAUUUUUGGCCACGUUUGAUGGUAUGGAACAAGUUGCACCUUGCUCUUUGAAUUGUGAGGUCUCGGCCUCUAAAUUAUUUGAGUUUUGCCCUCUUUACAGCACAUUGUACAUAAUUUUUCUUAGCAAUUGUAUUAUGCAAGGUUUAUUUGAAAUGUAUGGCCCAUAUCACAGUACGUUUUUGAACAUUAUUUUUCUUUAAUCCAAAAUUUGGAUUGGCUAAAAGGAGAUUUUGUUUGCAAAUCUGGUUUAGGAUAAAAAUAAAUAAACAAAUUAAUUAGUUAAUUAAUUAAAUGCUUUUUUUAUUUCAUCAUUCUGAAGAUUAUUGAAUACAACUUUGUACAAAUUUGUUUUAAAAACCCUAUCAUAACACACUCACUGGCAAAAUUUUGGCAAAAAGUUGGCUUAUGAAUGUUAGCCCAUUCAUUAUAUUUACCUGACCAUAAAGGCAUGUGAAGGUUUUUUGAUCAUGUGGGCUGUUUAAUCUUCUGUCAUAAUUGAUUUAUUUAGCCAGAGUUUCUUUGCUUCGGAUCAGGUCAUGUAUUUUGUUUAAUUUGUCAUAACUUUAGGUUGACACAGGGCCAAGGCAUGUUUUAUGUUGUUUAGAAGGGAAAAUAGUUACCUUGGAAAGUAUAUAUUAUAUCUAAGGUAUAUUUAUUGUGUUAUUCAAAUCUACACUAUCCACAAUAGAUUAAUUUGAUGUUCAAACGCAACAGCUUUACAGUAUACUGUAUGUUUAUAAAUAAAAUACUGAAAAAUACAA